GACCGCUGAAGACUAGAACUGGGGAUGGUCUGAAUUUGAAGCUGAAUAAUUUCGUGUGCAGCGCUGAAAUCAGUCACGACAUUGUGAGCACACGGCACUACCGACAGAGCACAGACGAGAAGGGUGCUCCCUGUAGGGUCCAGCCCACACUGAUUGUUGGCGAUUUUCUGCUGUAAUUUAGACCUUGGACCCACAACUUUUGAGGCUUCCCUUUAAAGGUAUCACCCCAGUGUUACUGCCUGCUCUUGGGUGGCGGUGAACUAAUACGAAGAGAUGGACCAGAACAACAGUAUAUCGCCCUUUCAGGGACUGUCCUCCCCACAGGGUGCUAUGACCCCAAGCAUGCCAAUGUUCAGUCCCAUAAUACCAUAUGGCUCAGGCCUGACACCGCAGCCAGUUCAGAACACCAACAGUCUGUCUAUAUUGGAAGAACAGCAGAGGCAGCAGCAACAGCAACAACAACAACAACAGGCACAGCAGGCCAACACAGGUCUCCCUGGGACAUCGGGGCAGGCCCCUCAGCUUUUUCAUUCUCAGACAGUAACAGGCUCCACUACAACAGCACUACCAGGGAACACCCCGCUCUACAACACCCCGGUGACCCCCAUGACCCCUAUCACACCGGCCACACCAGCCUCAGAGAGCUCUGGAAUAGUACCACAGCUUCAAAACAUUGUGUCUACUGUAAAUCUGGGCUGUAAACUGGACUUGAAGACCAUCGCCCUGAGAGCCAGGAACGCAGAGUACAACCCAAAGCGUUUUGCUGCUGUCAUCAUGAGAAUACGAGAACCCAGGACCACUGCUCUCAUCUUCAGCUCUGGGAAGAUGGUGUGCACCGGAGCUAAGAGUGAGGAGCAGUCGAGGCUAGCAGCUAGAAAGUACGCUCGUGUAGUGCAGAAGCUUGGUUUUCCUGCCAAGUUCCUGGACUUUAAGAUUCAGAACAUGGUGGGCAGCUGUGAUGUUUUCUCACUAGGUUCUCAGUGACUUGUAGUGACCAAACUAAAGUGACUGGUUUGUUGCAGCUAUGAGCCGGAGCUGUUUCCAGGAUUGAUAUACAGAAUGAUCAAACCCAGAAUUGUCCUGCUCAUCUUUGUUUCUGGAAAAGUUGUACUCACAGGUGCCAAGGUGAGAGCAGAGAUCUAUGAAGCAUUUGAAAACAUCUACCCCAUCCUGAAAGGCUUUCGCAAGACAACAUAGAACCUGUAGUUCUUUCUUUUACCCCAACUCUUUUUAUUUUAUUAUUUUUUUAAUUAAGCCAAUAAAGUGUCAUCUACAUGUUGACAUCUACACAUGAACUGCUGUAAGGGCUGUUGUUCUGUUGCCUGGGGAUGUGAGUUGGUCAGUUUUAACUUGGUCCCUCCAGUGCUUCAGAUAUUUUGGAAAGACAUGAUUUUUAUAGGUCUCUUUUUUUUCCUGUUCUGAUCACGAGUGAUGGCUUAUUUCCAACUGUCUUCAGCAUAUGUCUGGUUUUUAGGGCUCUGUUGUCCCAGUCACAUCCCUGAUUGUACAUAAGACUGAGAAAAUGUCAAUAUAACUGAUUAGAAGAGAGUCUGGUUGGGAAUGUCGCCGUUUUUAAAAUAGUUUUGUACAUUGUAUUUUUAUUAAUUGUCCGCUUUGUUCCGCAGUGGUAUGGAGACGCGUCUAUCAGCCUCACAUUCCUGAUACAGUAUUUGCUGAGAUCCUUAGCUCAAGAGAGUGUUAAUCCCAAACUGCAUCGUUUGCUUUGUCUUGCAGUUUAUCUUUUUCAUUCAAAUCAUUUGGAUCUGGGAUGAGGUUAGUUCUGGUUCCAAGAAUUCUGGAUGUGGAUUUCUCUUUGACUUCUAACAUUUAGCCAUGAGACAGCAGCACCUAAAUUUGGAUGCUCUUAAAUUUUGAAUUGACAUAAGUUGAACUACACUGAAAUCAUCAUUGAGUUGCUGGUUAGUCAUCAAGAUUUGUCACCUGGUUCUGUUUUCUGAGAAAACCUGGUUGUCAAAAAAAUGAUCUCUAGGAACAAUUCAUGUUUUCAUCUCUGAAAAGUGUUUUAAUGGUUAAAAGUGUGUACAUAUAUAUAUAUUGUAUUUUGACUGUAGUGACGCGAGUUCAACUUCGAAUGCUCUGCAACAUUCUGCAUCUUAAAUUCAGUAGCACUAAAAUACAGUAUGAUGGCAGAUAAACUAUUCAUCAUGUUGCCAUGUUUAAAUAUUGUUUAAAAGUUGUUCUUUUUGGACAUUCAAUUCAAAGCUAUAUUCAAAAAGGUUCUUUUGAUGAAUUAUUUUGGAGUAUAAUUUUUUUUUUUCUAAAGUCAUUUUCACCUUCUGUCUGUUGAUGUCUGUAUGACAGCAGAAUGGUAGAAGAGAUUGGGGAUUAAUCCUAAACUGCUUUUAGUAUUUGUACUUGUCUCAGUCAUUCUGAGCUUAGUAGCUUCCAGGUAGCAGCCCAGAAGGUCCUGUCACAUCUAAAUGCAGUUCUGCUUCCUCUGAAAUUAACGUGCUGCAGUGUGCAUUAAUAAAAAUGGAAAUACAG